AGGAGUAUUAGUAUUCUGUGUAGUGUAACCUGUGCCGUCAGAUAAUUUUUUUAUUUACAAAUUACAAACAGGAAAGAAAACUCAAUGAUUUGUCCCGAUUUUUUAGAAUUUCAGGAUGUCCUGAAAAAGAUGCGUGUACUUGAUGAUAAAAUCGUUUACACUUUAAACACAUCUUUACCAACAGAAUCGUUUAAAAGUAAAGUAGAUGCAACAUCAGUAUGUCAAGACUUAUUCCACCAGAUACAAAAUGGGCACAGCGAGAGGGAAAAUGUUAUAAAAAAUUGCAUAGUUUCAACUGCUGAAUCAGUAAAGAAAUUAAAGGAGGCAAAAGAGAGUGCACCUGAUGACAUAGAUGUGCUUAGGAAUCUUAAGACUGAACAAAAAAAGUUACGCCUUUUGCAAACUGAACUCAGUGUGGAAGAAGUAAUCAAAGAGAAGACAACAAAACUAUUUAUUGAAAAAUGUAGAACAUAUUAUAAACCGAAUAACUUAUGAAGACUGAUAAGCAUGCAUUUAUUUGUUGUAGGGGUGUAUAUAAAUAUAUAAAUAGAUAGUA